CCCAAAGAAACAGAAAAAAAACACAGAAAAACAGUCAAAUACAUUGCAUUAGUCAGCAGAUUGAGUACUGUGUACUAGAGUACGUGACUUGGCCUUUUCCAGGACUCAAUCGAAAGAAUCCGCUCCGCCGAGCGAUAGGAAUAAGCUGGCCAUGUUGCCGCAUCAUCAGCGCCAUAAAAUGGCGACUUUGGCGGACGGCGCCAUCUGUUUCCUGCUCCUUUCGCUCCUGCUAAUUGGCGCCUGCCUGGUUACGCCCACCGAGGGGCGCGCCAAGGAUGACCGCCGCACCAGGGGGCGUGGCAGCAACAGUAGCGUCCUCUCAUCCUCCUCCAGCAGCAGCGGCAGCAUCAGCAGCAGCAACAUGAACAAUGGCUACUACAGUGGCUCCUCGUCGACAGCGGGCUCCUCCUCCGGCUACGUGUUCACCAGCAGCAGUGCCGUGAACUCGGGAAGCACCGGGUACAGUGGACCCAUGGACAGCACUGGAUUCUGCACCCGGCGGCGGGACAUGAAGCUGAUGUGCUACUGCACCCCGGAUGAGAACCAUGUGCCGGUGCAGAAGGCCGAGUGCUGGGUGUUCUCGGAGGGAUUGCAUCAGAACGACACCACCUGGACGCGAUUCUACCAGCAGAAGCGUUUGAGGGAGCUGAAGUUUGUGAUCCAAAACAAUGCCCGCUUGGACUACAUACCCACCAUGAUAAUCGAACCGCUGAAGAACCUGAGCAGCAUUGUGAUUGAAUACUCGCAGGUGGAGAUUGUCAAGAGCUAUGCCUUCGCCAAUCUGCCCUUCCUGGAGAGGAUUAUCCUGAAUAACAACCACAUCAUGGCCCUGGACCAGGACGCCUUCGCCAAUCACAUCAGGCUGCGGGAGCUGAACCUGGAGCACAACCAGAUCUUCGAGAUGGACCGCUAUGCAUUCCGCAAUCUGCCGCUUUGCGAAAGGCUCUUCCUGAACAACAACAAUAUCAGCACUCUGCACGAGGGUCUCUUCGCCGAUAUGGCCAGGCUGACCUUCCUGAACCUGGCCCACAACCAGAUUAAUGUGCUGACCAGCGAGAUCUUCCGAGGACUGGGCAAUCUGAAUGUGCUGAAGCUGACCCGCAACAAUCUGAACUUCAUCGGCGACACUGUCUUUGCGGAAUUGUGGAGCCUGAGUGAACUGGAACUAGACGAUAAUCGCAUCGAGCGCAUUUCCGAGCGCGCCCUGGAUGGCCUGAAUACACUGAAAACACUGAAUCUGCGCAACAAUCUGCUGAAGAAGAUCGACAAUGGCCUGCUGCGGGGAACCCCCGCCCUGCUGUCCAUCAACGUGCAGGCAAACAAAUUGGAAACGCUGACGUUCUACACAUUCCAGCCAAUUAUGGACAAUUUGGUCAACAGCACCAGUGAGCUGCUGGUGUCAGACAACAAAUUCAUUUGCGACUGUCGUCUGCAGUGGAUCUUCGAAUUGAAAAAUCGCACACGUCACCUGCAGCUGCGUGACUCGCUGGAGGACCUGCACUGCACGCUGCAGGAGCCGAAACUGUCGCACUUUGUGGACCCCGUGCCGCCGACCAUCCUGGACGUGCUCAAUAUCGGAGGAUUCACGGCGAUUGGCAGCAAUAGCGCCAGCAUGGGCGGCGUGGGCAACAGCGUGGUGGGCAGCAGCUACAGCGGCCUGACUCUGGACGACAGCAGGAAGCAUUUGGGCAGCAGAUCCCGACAGGCCCUGCGGGGACAGCGGCAGUACGCCUCGAGUGCGGAGAACGUGGUGGAGUCCAAGAUGCGCCGGCGGAGGAAGCGACAGGAGGAGGUCAAGCAGAAGGACCUGGCGGCAGUGGCACCGACUCACAAGCGAUACGACUACUACGACGACAACAACGGCGGCAUGUCCUUGGGUCAUGGCCUGGACCUGGAUGACAAUCUCAGCCUGCACAAGCAGGGAUUCUAUGGAGCCGGUGCUCCGGCUGUGGGUCACAACGAUGUGGAUGUGCUGAUGACGUCGCACUCCGCGUCGGGAGACGCCCUCGACAUUCUGACCACCAAGAACGCGAUCUACAUCAAGUUGUUCCUGCUGAAGCCGGAAAUGCUGCCCUGCCACGAUGAACUCAGCGAUCCCACCGAGCUGCCCCUCUCCCGCGAUCUGAUGGAUGUGCGCAGCAACGUGGGCCAGGACAUGUCGACGGCAGGAGCUGAUCCCUUGGCCCAGGGCAUGGCGAUUAUGGUGAGUCUGGUCGCACUGUUGAUCAGCCGGGGUUGAAGAGUCAGCUCCGUCAACGGUUGCUAAAUGGUGACCCCAACGUUUGGUUCUGCAUUGUACAUACUGUCUUGGAGAUGUGGUGCCCUUGGGAAACGAGCUUCAACACGAUAAUUACGAAAGAUACCAGCUACAGUCCUGUAAAUAUGUAAAAAGGGGUAACGAAAUUCGAUAAAUUUAAUACUAUAAACCUAGCUGUUAGCUGUAAUGAUAGACUCGACUUUUCAACAACUUCAGCAGCAGAUUCAGAUUCAGAUACAGAUUCAGAUUGAGAUAUAGAAACCGAUACCAAAAACAGAUACAUUACCGAAACUAUAAGCCCAAAACGAACCCAAAAAGAGAACCUCCGAGCAAACUGGCGUUUCAUUUAAAAAGAAGAAGGAUACUCAACUUAUCGCAGGAUGAUGACUACCACUACACUGUACUACAUAGAAUUAGUUUAAACGGUUAGCCAUAGUGACACUUUUGGUUUACUUGAGCAAGGUACAUACUACAGUAAAACUUGGAAAGCGCUAAACGUCUUAGAAGGAGAGACAGAGCUGGCCAAAACCACUAAAAUGAGGCAUGCCUGUAAGAUAAACGCAAACGCAGAACAUGACACAAUCGCUGAAAGUUGCAACGAUAGCCGUUAGUCGAUAGGCAAUAGACGAUAGCCGAUAGUCGAUAAAUAAUUAUUGAUAAAUGUAAUAGGUAAACGUAAUAUUCCCGGCCACCCGCAGUUCCCCAUUAGAGUUUAAGUCUGCUUUUUAGUUGUAAGACUGUUUGCUACCCUAGAAUUCUCGCCUGAAUUUUCCCUAACAAAACCGUGUCCCGGGAAAAUGACCCAAUAAACACUUUUCUGCUUUUCUCCUACUUUCGCCGCACCAGAAAUAAAACUGAAAACAUAAACAAGAAAUAAAAAUGAAUACAUUGCGAAUUUAUAUAACUUAUUUGAAUAGAUUCAAAUUAAUGAAAACAAAGCCAUAAAGAGAUAUAAUAAUACAGAAAACAAAACAGAAAUAUGCAUAACGAUUUUUGUAGCUUAAGACUGAAUAUAUAAAGGUAAAUUAUGCUAAUAUAUACAAAAUAUUUAUAUGGAAAAUACUGUAUGUUUAAUUGUAUUGUAAUAAAUGCAAGCUGGGGGAAAGGGUAAUGUCAUUUUUAGAAAACCAAAAGAGCCGACGAUUCGUGCAUUCAAAUUAGUAUGGAUGCACAUGACACUUUAUUUGGCAAUUUAUUACGUAUUUAAUUAUGCACAAAACUAUGAUUUACCAAAAAAAGAAAAAAACGGAGAAAAAAAUCUGUUUAUUAAUGUGUUUAAUAAUUCAUAUACAAAAGAAGUUAAAGUAAGCAAAACCCGAAUGCAAAUUUAUUGUGUAAAAAAUGGGUGAAGUUUUCAUACAGAAAGCCCCGGAAAAAGAAAGAGUCGGAAAAAUAGAACGCCGAGCAUGAGGAGCAAGCAUAGAUUUAGUGGACAAUCAGCAGAUAAGUGAAGUGAAAGCAAACAGCAGGAAAAUCGGGGAAAAUCCCAAAGAGCUGGGAAUCAGAAGCCCGGAAAAGCGCCAAGGAAAUAAGGGGGCAAGAAAAUAUAAAACACUUGAAACAAGCGAAAUAAUGAAAUAGUCGAGAGCAAAACGGAAAACACAAAACUAUUUUAAGUAACUGAAUAUAAGCUUAAUGUAUUUAGUGUUUUGAUUACCCACUAAGAACUUGAACACAACAAAGAAAGCAAACAAAAAUAUAAAAAAAAUAAAAAAAUUAAACCAAAUAAUAAAUGUGAAGAAAAAGUGAAUCUAAGAAAUUUCUAUCUAAGCAGGGCACUAAUUUCAUUACUGUUGAUACUCAGCCAUUUUACACUCAUUUCAUUUGAUUGUCACGAAGUUACUAUGCUAGAGAUUGUGAAAGGAUUUUCAGUUGCCUCAAGGAGUUGGGCGAAAUUCGAUUGACUUAGCCACUCUGUCUAGUGCAUUAAAUGCUUGUAAUAAUAAAUUAUUAUCGACACGAACACUUGAUUAAACACCUAGCCUUAAGAAUUGACAAAUUUUAACCAAAGAUUUUGUGUUCCUCUUAACGCUUAAGAAAUGUUUGGUUGUUUCGUUUUCGUGUGCCAUUUGAUGAUGAUUUGUAUCUCCUCUAUUUGUAUUUUUUACGGCUAAGCAGCGCAUGGAAGUAGGCAGCGAGUAAAGUAAUUUUUGAAUAUAAACCACUAAUGUAGCUUACUUAAUUAUUUUAACUUAAAUGUACACAGAGCGAACGGACAGCAAGUAAUAUAAUCGAAAUAUAAAUGUAUUUGAUGUAAGAAGUUUGCUUAAUUGAUACCGAAACCGAAACCGAAAUGUCAACCCCAGCCCACAAAAACACAAAACCAUGAAUGAAAGGACCUUUUUUGGCGUGCGACUUCUGGGGGGCGUGGCGCCACCAAAAAGCCGAAACCAGAACACAUUCCAAUUGCAAUAUUUUGUUUAACUUUUACUUUGCUGGGGCGCCGGCUUAAAGUCCUCGAACGCCACACUGAGGUCCCGCUCAUGGAA